UGUUUGCCUGUUUCCUCUCCUCGCUGAAUUUCGCCUCAUAGAUGUAGAGGUAAACAUGUCUGGAAUGGGAGGUGGUACGAGAGGAUUUUACUUCAACACAGUCCUGUCACUGGCCCGCUCUUUAGCUGCACACCGUCCCGCACCAGUCGAAAAGGUCCAAAAGCUACAAUGCAUGUGUCCAGUAGAAGUCCGCGGUGUGUUCACUCUGGAUGUACGUCGCAGAGAUGCUGUCAUUGCCCUGGCUGUGUUUCUGGUGGAAUCAGGCCUACAGCACAAAGACACACUUGUUUCCUACUUGUUGAGCCUAUUGCGAGGGCUACCACGGGUCCAAUGGAUCGAAGAGAGCUCUGGGAAGAAAGGAAAGGAAUUUCUCCCGGUUGCAGAAAACUUCAGCUUCUGUCUGGUAACUCUUCUGUCAGAUGUUGCUCAGAGGGACCCAGACUCACGAGAAGAGAUCAUGAAUGCUAUAAUGGAGGUCUUGCAGGCAUUACAGGACAUGUGCCAAACACCUGAUAAUCAUGAUAAAGUCUACCUGUGCAGGUAUCUGGUGCCCACUUUGCUGGGCAUGACUCGAGCAUUUGGCCGUUACAGCAACACGGAAGAAGCCCUACUGUCCAAAUUGUUCCCUAAAGAUUCCCCUCCGGCUCGUUGUGUCACAGAGGAAACCGAGGGAGUGAGACGCCGGUCCUUCAAUGACUUUCGUUCUAUCCUGCCAUCCUCACUUCUCACAGUGUGCCAAAGUGACACUCUGCGCAGAUCCACAGGCACCAACCUGGAUGCUUCCAUACCGGUGUUUACAGAUCCAGGAGGCCACUCACCCUGCUCUCCUACAGCCCCUGGCCCACAUUAUUUUGAAGGUGCCUACCUACCAGACAGCAGUGCAGUAGACCCUGACUACUAUUUCUCUACAGUCAGCUCCAGUUUCUCUGUGUCUCCUCUAUUCUUGGGAGCAGGAGAAAACGAGGUGGCGGUGCCGGUUGAAUUGCUCCGACAACUCCUUAACAUGGUGAAGAGGUUUGUUUCUGACCCCUUUUUGAAAACGCUGGAUGCCACAAUGACAGAAGUUACAGAGUCCAAUCCUGGAAUCAACCCCUGUUACAAAACCUUCAGUGACCCUCUCUAUGUGUGUGUUUUCAAAAUGCUGCGUGACACACUUUACUACAUGAAAGCCUUGCAGCAGGGGUUCGUACGGGAGGUGCAUGACUUUGUCCUGGAACAAUUUAGCAGCAGUCAGUCAGAGCUGCAGCGGGUACUCCAUGAUACUGGGGGGUUGCCGGGGGAACAGAGCCCCCUCAAGCUCCGUUGCCAAGCCAACGCUGCCUGCGUGGACCUCAUGGUGUGGGCCGUCAAAGAUGAGCAAGGAGCAGAAAAUCUUUGCACAAAGCUAUCAGAGAAGCUGCAGUCAAAAACAUCAAGUAAAGUCAUCAUUGCUCACAUGCCUCUACUCAUCUGUUGCUUACAGGGCCUGGGUCGUCUGUGUGAGAGGUUUCCAGUAGUCGCUCACUCUGCUACAACCUCGCUCAGAGAUUUCCUGGUGGUUCCUUCCCCUGUGCUUAUAAAACUCUACAAGUAUCACAGCCAGUAUAGCUCAGGCACAGGAGAAAUUAGAAUAAAUGUUACCAAUGAGCACUCUCAGUCCACCUUCAAUGUCCUGCCAAACAGGAAAGAUCAGCCGUCCAUGUACGAGCAGCUCAGAGACAUCUCCAUCGACAACAUAUGCAGAUGUCUUAAAGCUGGUCUAACCAUGGAUCAAGUGAUAGUGGAAGCCUUUCUGGCCAGUCUGUCCAACCGUCUCUACAUUUCACAGGAGAAUGACAAAGAUGCCCAUCUGAUCCCAGAUCACACCAUUCGAGCUUUGGGCCACAUUGCAGUGGCUCUGAGAGACACUCCUAAAGUGAUGGAGCACAUCCUGCAAAUCCUCCAACAGAAGUUCUGCCAGCCUCCUUCACAACUCGACGUUCUCAUCAUCGAUCAGCUUGGCUGCAUGGUCAUUACAGGAAAUCAAUACAUCUAUCAGGAGGUGUGGAACCUGUUCCAGCAGAUCAGUGUGAAGGCCAGCUCCGUGGUCUAUUCAGCAACCAAAGACUACAGAGAUCACGGCUAUAGGCACUGCUCCCUGGCUGUGAUAAAUGCUCUAGCCAACAUUGCUGCAAACCUGCAGGGGGAGCAACUGGUGGACGAACUGAUGGUAAACCUCUUAGAGCUGUUUGUGCAGCUGGGCCUGGAAGGAAAGCGAGCCAGUGAAAGGGCCUCGGACAAGGGACCAGCGCUGAAAGCAUCAAGUAGUGCAGGAAAUCUUGGAGUCCUCAUUCCAGUGAUUGCUGUGUUGACCAGGAGGCUUCCACCAAUCAAAGAGGCCAAGCCACGUCUCCAGAAGCUGUUCAGGGAUUUCUGGUUGUACUCUGUGGUCAUGGGUUUUGCUGUGGAAGGAUCAGGACUCUGGCCAGAGGAGUGGUAUGAAGGUGUUUGUGAGAUCGCCACCAAGUCUCCCCUUCUCACCUUCCCCAGUGGAGAACCUCUUCGUUCUGAACUACAGUACAACUCAGCCCUGAAAAAUGACACAGUCACACCGGCUGAGUUGAGUGAGCUGCGGCUCACCAUCAGUAACCUCUUGGACCCUCCUCCUGAAGGAUCUGCCCUCAUUAACAAGCUGGACUUUGCCAUGUCCACAUACCUGCUCUCAGUCUACAGACUAGAAUACAUGAGAAUGCUUCGAUCGAAUGAUCCUGACAGAUUCCAGGUCAUGUUUCGAUACUUUGAAGAUAAAGCUAUCCAGAAAGACAAAUCUGGCAUGAUGCAGUGCAUAAUUUGUGUUGGUGAUAAGGUGUUCGAUGUCUUCCUCCAGAUGAUGGCAGAUAAGCCAAAGACCAAAGAACAUGAGGAGGAGUUGGAACGCCACGCUCAAUUCCUACUGAUCAACUUCAACCACACACACAAGAGGAUUCGCAGAGUGGCGGAUAAAUACCUUUCUGGUUUGGCUGAGACAUUUCCCCAUCUGCUUUGGAGUGGCCGAGUGUUGAAGACCAUGUUGGACAUCUUGCAGACACUGUCCCUCUCACUUAGUGCUGACAUCCACAAGGAUCAGCCGUACUAUGAUAUUCCAGACACCCCGUACAGGAUCACGGUUCCUGACACUUAUGAGGCCCGAGAGAGCAUAGUUAAGGACUUUGCUGCUCGCUGUGGGGAGAUCCUGAAAGAGGCAAUGAAGUGGGCCCCUUCUGUUACAAAGUCGCACCUGCAGGAGUACUUAAACAAGCAUCAGAACUGGGUGUCAGGACUGUCCCAGCACACAGGCCUCGCCAUGGCUACAGAGAGCAUACUGCACUUUGCAGGCUACAACAGACAGAGUACUACACUAGGCGCCGCUUUCCCACAGACCACCCAGCUGACUGAGAGGCCAGCAUGUGUGAAGAAGGACUACUCCAACUUCAUGGCUUCACUCAAUCUGCGUAACCGCUACACAGGAGAGGUGGCAGGUAUGAUCCAGUUUUCCGAGGCGACCCACAGCCAGUCGGAUCUCAACAAGCUAAUGAUCCAUCAGAUGACCAGUGCUCUGGACAGGAAAGAGCCAGAGGCCUUCACCCAGGCCAUGUUCAAGAUGGCUGCCCUGCUAAUUACAACUAAAAAUUGUGAUCCUCUGCUCCUGCACCAUCUGUGUUGGUCUCCUCUGAAGAUGUUUACAGAACACGGCAUGGAAACUGCGAUUGCCUGCUGGGAAUGGCUUCUGGCUGCACACAACGGAGUGGAAGUGCCAUUCAUGCGUGAGAUGGCAGGAGCUUGGCAGAUGACAGUAGAGAAGAAGAUGGGUUUGUUUUCAGAGGCUAAGGUGGAAGCCGGACCCCUUGCCGUCUCAGAGGAGAGUCAGCCUGCACCCUGUGCUCCUGAUGUCAUCCCUCAUUUCCUCUGGAUAGAGUUUCUGGUGCAAAGAUUUGAGAUAGCCAAGUACAGCAGUGCAGACCAGGUGGAGAUAUUCACCGCCAUCUUGCAGCGAUCUCUGUCUCUGAGUGUCGGAGGACCUAAAAGCAGCCUUAACAGACAUGUUGCUGCCAUUGGGCCAAGAUUCAGAUUGCUGACUCUUGGUCUGACUCUUUUGCACGCUGAUGUUGUGACAAAUGCCACCAUCAGAAACGUACUUAGAGAAAAAAUCUAUUCCACAGCUUUUGACUACUUCAGUGUUGCUCCUAAAUUUCCCACCCAGACAGAUAAGAGGCUCAGAGAAGACAUCAGCAUUAUGAUCAAGUUUUAUGCCAGCUUGCAGUCGGAUAAGAAGUAUCUUGCUGCCAACCAGCUGGUUCCUCCAGAUCCUCAGGACAUGUCUGUGAACAGCCUGUCAGUAGUGGCAGUGACUGAUAGCAGAAGCAGUCUUGAUGCAGCUGUGGGUCAAAGGCAGCAGGUGGCUCAGGGGUGGAUCAACACGUACCCUCUGUCCUCUGGGAUGUCCACGAUAUCUAAAAAAUCAGGACUGUCCAAAAAGAGUAACAGAGGCUCUCAGCUGCACAAGUACUACAUGAAACGCAGAACUCUUUUACUGGCUUUACUGGCCAGUGAGAUUGAGCGGCUGACGAUUUGGUACAACCCGUUGUCCACUCAGGAGCUCGCUAUUUCUACUGAACAAUCAGUGGAGACCAGUAUUGCCAACUGGAGGUCCAAAUACAUUAGUCUGACAGAGAAACAGUGGAAGGACAACGUCAACCUGGCCUGGAGUAUUGCACCUUACCUUGCACUGCAGCUACCUGCCAGAUUUAAAAACACAGAGGCUAUUGUGUCUGAGGUGACUCGCCUCGUGAGAAUGGACCCCGCUGCUGUGUGUGAUGUUCCUGAAGCAGUAAAGUUCUUGGUGACAUGGCACACAAUUGAUGCUGACUCUCCAGAGCUGAGUCACAUCCUGUGUUGGGCCCCAGCAGAUCCCCCAACUGGACUGUCCUACUUCUCCUCCCUGUACCCUCCUCACCCUCUUACAGCACAGUAUGGAGUCAAAGUGCUCCGUUCAUUUCCUCCUGAUGCCAUUUUGUUUUACAUUCCACAAAUUGUCCAAGCACUGCGAUACGACAAGAUGGGUUAUGUAAGGGAGUACAUCCUCUGGGCUGCUCAGAAGUCUCAGCUCCUGGCUCACCAAUUCAUCUGGAACAUGAAAACCAACAUUUACCUGGACGAGGAAGGAAACCAGAAAGAUCCUGACAUCGGCGAGCUGCUGGAGCAGAUGGUGGAGGAGAUCACUGGCUCUCUGUCUGGCCCGGCCAAAGAUUUCUACCAGAGAGAGUUUGACUUCUUCAACAAGAUCACAAACGUGUCAGCCAUCAUCAAACCUUUUCCCAAAGGGGAGGAGAGGAAGAGGGCCUGCCUGGAAGCCAUGUCACAGAUCAAAGUCCAACCUGGCUGUUAUCUGCCCAGUAACCCAGAGGCCAUAGUUCUGGACAUAGACUACAAGUCUGGGACCCCCAUGCAGAGUGCUGCCAAAGCCCCUUACCUGGCCAAGUUUAAAGUCAGGAGGUGUGGAGUCAGUGAGCUGGAAAAAGAAGGUCUGCGGUGUCGCUCAGAUUCUGUGGAUGGAGAAAAAAGUGAAGAGGAGGCGAAGAGAAUCUGCUGGCAGGCGGCCAUCUUUAAAGUGGGAGACGACUGCAGACAGGACAUGUUGGCCCUUCAGAUCAUCAGCCUGUUUAAGAACAUCUUCCAGCUUGUAGGUCUGGAUCUCUACGUCUUUCCAUACAGAGUGGUGGCAACGGCCCCUGGAUGCGGAGUGAUCGAGUGCAUCCCAGACUGCAAGUCUCGUGACCAGCUGGGCCGACAGACCGACUUUGGCAUGUACGAUUACUUCAGAAACCAGUAUGGAGAUGAAUCCACACUGGCCUUCCAGAAGGCGCGGUACAACUUCAUCCGCAGUAUGGCUGCUUACAGCUUACUGCUCUUCCUGCUGCAGAUAAAAGAUCGACACAAUGGCAACAUUAUGCUGGACAGCCAGGGUCACCUCAUACACAUUGAUUUUGGCUUCAUGUUUGAAAGUUCUCCUGGCGGAAACCUUGGUUGGGAGCCUGACAUCAAGCUAACCGAUGAGAUGGUGAUGAUCAUGGGUGGUAAGAUGGAGGCGACUCCCUUCAAAUGGUUCAUGGAGAUGUGUGUGAGGGGAUACUUGGCUGUCAGGCCCUACAUGGACGGAGUGGUUUCUUUAGUGACACUCAUGCUGGACACCGGGCUCCCCUGUUUCAGAGGACAGACUAUUAAACUGCUCAAGCAACGAUUUAAUCCUGGUUUGAGUGAGAAAGACGCAGCUUCCUUCAUCAUCAAAGUUAUCCAGAACUGCUUCCUCAGCAACAGGAGUAAAACCUAUGACAUGAUCCAGUAUUACCAAAACCAGAUCCCGUACUGAAAGUUUGUGCCAAAGCAUGUCUAUAUAUUGAGUGGUACAUGGAGUGAGUGAGCGUGUGUGCCUUUGUUGAUCUCAUGAUUAAAGAUUGUGGCUCUUUGUUUCUGCUGAUUGUUGGAUGUUGUCUCUUGUGUUUGCUUUAGCUUCUUGUUUCCUCUAGGAUUGUAUUUCCUUUUUAUGAGUUGUCUUAUGCCUUAUUUAUCAUGUUUAAAUUAAUGUUUUUUAUUUCAAUUAUGAUAUUGCACUAGCAUCUUGACUUUUGUGCACUUAAAGAAAAAAAAAUCUUGGCACCUGCACGUACAGUAAAUAUUUAAUGAGAGACUGUGCCAAUUUUAGAUAAUUUCUAAUGUUUGUGAAUGUGGAUUCUUUAAUCUGUUGAUUUUUAGAUGGGGUUUGGAUUGUAGCUCAAGUAGGCGGUUAAUUUCUGACCAGUGUGGCCUAACCUGUCAUCUUGUACUUGACUGUACUACUGUGCUUCUCUUUUUAAUGAACCAGUCUGAUUACUUUGACCUGUGGCAUGGUACUUGUCUUGUAUUUACCUGUGGUGACUGACUGUAAAGACGUGGGUGACACUGUCUGUAUUCUGCAGUUACCCUGGCUUUGGGAAUCACUGGGGCUGAGUUUUGUAUAUUUAUCAUUGCCAAAGGGGGGAGGGAAGAUAAUGCAAAUAAAAUUACUUUUUUAUUGUUUUGUGAAUGAUGUUUAAACAAAGCUUGAAUGUUGGGCAGUUGCAUGAAUCUGAGCAUUAACAACCAUGUAGCCUGUGUCCAAUGCAGCUUUUGGUGAAAGUUAUUUUUAGUAAUCCAAAGUGCUGUGCCCCAUGUUCAUAUGGCUUUAGCCUUUCUGUAAUGUUACUGAUUGUAAAGACUUUGCCUCUCUUUGUAUAUUUAUAAUCGCGGCCCAUUUUCUGUCUCCUUUUCUAUCUUCAUGCCUUUUGAAUGAGAAUGAAGAAGAUAUGAAAUCAAAUAAAGA